GGGAGAAGCGGGAUGGCGCGCCCCGACUCUGCGGAGGGACUGUGCAGCCCGCCACGCCUCUCGGCGCCAGCUGUCAGAGUUGCACUGGGGGCGUGAGGGCUCGGAAUUGAUUCCACUCUUGGAUCUUGGGUCUCAAUCCCCACGCGGUGAGACCACCCUGACUUGGCUUAGGUCUCAGGUGCAGCGGGGUUCAGCAAAGGCGACCUCAUUCUCCAUCUUCAUCCCAUCCAGGAGUCCCUGGUAUUGUCGACGCCAAGAGACUCCAGAUCGUGCUAAAGCUCAAGAGCCCGCAGCACGUGUCCAGGGCGGGCUUCCGACUCCGGAGACGCUCGGGUUGACGUCUUGCGCUGCGCAAAGGCCCGGGGCCCUUCUCCCUACAGCCUGACGCUGUAGCGCCUUGAAGGCGCGCCUCCUGGCAGCAUGGCCACCAGUCUUAGCCUGGUCGAUCCUUGGUCGCCGAGCCCGCUGUCCACCCAGCAGACGACCCUCCUGCUGCUCUUCUCGGUGCUGGCCGUCGUGCACGUGGGCCAGUGGCUGCUCAAGCAGCGGCGCCGGCGGCCGGGGUCCUCGCCCCCCGGCCCCUUCUCGUGGCCCCUGAUCGGAAACGCGGCGCAGAUGGGGAAGGCGCCGCACCUCUCGUUCGCUCGCCUGGCGCAGCGCUACGGCGACGUCUUCCAGAUCCGCCUGGGCAGCUGCCCGGUGGUGGUGCUGAACGGCGAGCACGCCAUCCGCCAGGCCUUGGUGCAGCAGGGCGUAGCCUUCGCCGACCGGCCGCCCUUCGCCUCUUUCCGCGUGGUGUCCGAGGGCCACAGCAUGGCUUUCGGCCAGUAUUCGGAGCUCUGGAAGGCACAGCGGCGCGCGGCGCACAGCACGCUUCGAGCCUUCUCGGCGCGACAGCAGAGCGGCCGCAGCGUCUUGGAGCGCCACUUGGUUGGCGAAGCGCGCGAGCUGGUGGAGCUGCUGGUGCGCGGCAGCGCGGGAGGCUCCUUCCUGGACCCGCGGCCGCUGACCGUGGUGGCCGUGGCCAACGUCAUGAGCGCCGUGUGCUUCGGCUGCCGCUACAGCCACGACGACCCGGAGUUCCGCGAGCUGCUCAGCCACAACGACGAGUUUGGGCGCACGGUGGCCGCGGGCAGCCUGGUGGACGUGCUGCCCUGGCUGCAGCGCUUCCCCAACCCGGUGCGCACCGCCUUUCGCGAAUUCCAGCAGCUCAACCGCAGCUUCAGUGACUUCGUGCUGGACAAGUUCUUGAGGCACCGCGAAAGCCUUAAGCAGGGGGCUGCCCCCCGCGACAUGAUGGACGCCUUCAUCCUCUCCUCGAGAAAGGAGGCGGACGAGGUCCCCAGCGGCGGCCGCGCGGGGCUGCAUGUGAAGUACGUGUCGUCCACCAUCACCGACAUCUUCGGCGCCAGCCAGGACACGCUCUCCACUGCGCUGCAGUGGAUGCUCAUCCUCUUCAUCAGAUAUCCAGAAGUGCAGGCUCGGGUGCAGGCAGAAUUGGAUCAAGUUGUGGGCAGACACCGGCUGCCCUGCCUGGACGACCAGCCGAACCUGCCCUACAUCAUGGCCUUUCUUUAUGAGGCCAUGCGCUUCUCCAGCUUUGUGCCUGUCACCAUUCCUCACGCCACCAAUGCCAGCGCCUCUGUCUUGGGCUACCACAUCCCCAAGGACACCGUGAUCUUUGUUAACCAGUGGUCUGUGAACCAUGACCCCGUGAAGUGGCCGAACCCAGAGAACUUCGAUCCAGCCCGGUUCUUGGACAAGGACGGCUUCAUCAACAAGGACCUGGCCAGCAGAGUGAUGAUUUUUUCAGUGGGCAAACGGCGAUGCAUUGGGGAAGAGCUUUCCAAGAUGCAGCUGUUUCUCUUCAUCUCCAUCCUAGCUCACCAGUGCAAUUUCAGGGCCAACCCAGAUGAAACCUCAAAAAUGGAUUUUAAUUACGGCCUGACCAUUAAGCCCAAGGCAUUUAAAAUCAGUGCCACUCUCAGAGAGUCCAUGGAGCUCCUUGAUCGUGCUGUGCAAAAGUUACAGAGCAAGGAAGAUUGCCAGUGAGAAGUCAGGGGCAGGUGGAGAUUGUAGAAGUCCUCAAGUCUUAGGAGGUGGGGAGUAAAAUUAAGGUUUUUUCUUAGUUUCCCUUUGCUACUUUCUUACUUAGCCUUAAAGUGAGCCUAAACUAACAGACCCCAGAUGGUGUGCUUCCCACAGGCCUGCUCAGAGUGAGCCCUGGGCUUUACAGGAGCCCUGGGAGGAGUUUUUGAGUCAAAAGAGUUAAAGGGCCCAAGGGGAUUUUAUACAUAAAUUGAAUGCUGGGAAUAAUUUCUCAAGGGACCAUCAUUUGGAGUUAAAACACACAGACACAUGCUCACAUCAGUGAACAGCUCAUUAUCCAUUUACUAGACACACGCAUACAUAUUUUUGUUGUAACAAAACUAAAAGCAACCCCAUAGAGUAUCCACUGAAAUGUCUUUAGUUGAUAAAAAGAAAAAAAACUGGAGACUGCAGAGGUGAAGCACAUGUACACAGAUCAUUGGCAUCACCCAGCUCUCACCUAAAAAAAAAAAAAAAAAAAACAAGUACACGAGCGCUCGCGCGCGCACACACACACACAAACUACCUAAUGAAGAGACAUUUCAGUAAUCAUACCUCCCUGGUGGGACUCAAGAUUUAUGUUUCAUGUGUUGUAAAUUGCCCCAGAGAAAACUAUAUUAAGCAAAGAUUCAGACUAUAUCACUGAACUUGCAAAGACAAAUAGUUUUGGUGUAGGACAUAAUUGAAGGUGAUAAGGGAAAAGGUAAAACCUAGAAAUUUCCUUCAAACCUUUUCAAUAAAACAGCUUAGUUAGGCUCUAGUAUCUAAUGGCUGGAUUAAUCUUUUUGCCCACUUUAUGUGCUUUUUUUCAUCCCUUUAUUGGAUGAAUUGGAAAGCCAUUUGCUCAAAAAAAUGAAUAGUAGUGGAUUUAGUGAUUAUAGUGCAUUUCAGAGAUUUAACACGGUUUAAAGUGUAAACUGUUAAAUUGCAAACAAUUCCAAGCAGAAAUCAUACCUCAGUACAGAAUUUCAAUUAUGAGAGGAAAAAAAAAGAUUUCAGUGUACUGAUUUCAGUAAGUUUAAUAGGUUAAAAAAGUCACCAAAUAAUAUUCAAUAUACACUUUAUUACAUAAUCAUUCACAAGCAAUAUACAUUAUUUUUAUUAAUUAAAAGUAAUCAUUUUGAUCAAGAAAAGGUUAAGUAAUGUAUGUCUUUUAUAAUGUCAUUAGAAAGUAGAAAAGUACGGUCAAUUCAACCAAUUUUGACUAAUACAUAAGUGUGUGUAUGUAUAUAUGUGUGUGUGUAUAUAUAUAUAUAUAUAUAUAUAUAUAUAUAUAUAUAUACCUUUUUUUAUGUCAUGGCAAGUAAAUUGAAGCAAGGUCUCUUCUCUCACCCCAAACUUGAAUGAGACCUGAAAAAUCUCAAAAUUUGAUCUGUGAGAUGUAUUCCUUAUCACUUUACAACGUUUUUGUUAAAGUCAUACUCACAUUACAGAAUCUCUUUUUGAAAAUAAUCUAGUUAAAACAUAAGCAUUCCAAACUCUUGAUGUGCUUAAAAUUUAAUUUAAUAGUGAAGUCAUUCUGAUGAUUUUGCUCCAUUUGAAUUAGUGGAAUCUGACCAUUACCCUGUGGAUGGCAGAGAAAUUUAGCCUCUAUCUGCCUGGUGAAUAGUGAGGAAUUCAAUGAAUUAUCUGGAUGUUCUCUUUAUAAGGUAACAAGGGGAAAAAUUCCUAUUUUAAUUGACCUAGUUUCUCUUUUCAGUGGUGUUUUUUUGUUUUUUUUAAAGUAGCGUUAGUGUCUGUUUUGGAAGGUUAGAAUCAGAAGAUGGCCCUUGGGAGGCUGUUUUGGAGAUUUGCAGUUGUGUUCCUGUGGAGUUGAUCAGAUUAGUGGGCAGCUUGGAAGGCAGUCACUUUGGUAACUGUGAAAACAAAACUUUAACAAAAUAUGUUCAGUUUAUGUAAACACCUGAAAACUUAAAAAAAAAAAAGACGGAAGAUUGCAAAAGUACAAAAUGAAGUUUGAAGUUUUAACUUGCAUUGCAUGUGUUUGUCCAAAGGAAGUUGUACAGUGUCUUAAAAGCUUAUUACCUGUUACAUUUUGUUAAGCUUUUUGGACUCUUUUAUUUAAAGUUAUAGAGAUGGGAGGGUAGGAUGCUGCUAUUGGGGGGAGGAAAGAGACAAGACUGAGAAAAUGACAAAGAAGAAAGAUGAUUAGACAUUUCCCCAUCAGUUCCAAAUUCAUUCAUUUGAAGCACUUAAUCUGAAGCAUCAACAUUUGAGAAAAUAAUUGUUUCAUGUGACAUCCCAAGUAGACUUUUAAAAAUCUACAACAUAGAUCUAUUUUUAAUUUGGGAUUUUUUUUUCUUAAUAAACAUUUCACAUAAUUUGAAUGAAUGAAAUCUCCUAUCAGUACCUCUUGCCAAUACAUUUCAAUUUUUUCUGCACUGGCUAUUCUAGAGCAUUAUAACCCCUCACUACCUUCCAGCCCAGCCAUGAUUUUGGGCUGCCCCAGUCUAUUUGUUCUGAUUGAGAAAUGUGAGGCAGCAAAAGGAAUCAUGUCCAACCUGCCUCAUUAAGUCAGCCAGGUCCAGAUGGGCUACAAUCUGUUUUCACAUAGGCUCAGUCUAGCUGAUGUUUUCAGCAACAGAAAAGCUGUGCUUAUAUAGAAGAGAGUACAGUAAGUGCUUGGCUGUUACCUGGCUGAUUUAAUGUUUAUGGCCGAGUCAAAGGAAGGAAAGCAAAACAAAAAUCAGAUAACCAAACCAAAUUUGGAGCCUACAGUAAUCAGAUUACUGACUUAAUCAGAAACCUCAUUUUAUUUCUAACAGAAAGAUUAUAUUUGCUGAUUACCAUUAAAGUCAGAAGCUCUACUGUAGAUGACUGCAAUAGCUAAGGUAUAUCAUUUAUUAAAUGCUUCAUUUAUAGAUUAAAAUUUUGAAUUUGUAAGAAAAUUGCUUUAUUCCAAAACCAAAAAUAUGUCUCAAUGUUUCAUUUAAAUGCUAAAGUUUUGAAUUUUUAAGACAAUUGCUUUUUCACCAAGCAAAAAGAUUUGUUUUGGGAUUAUCUGAAAGUUUGUUUUGUGGAUUAUCUGAAAGUUUUCACGUUUCAGAACUUAGCCUUUACCUGUGAAAUGUUACUGCAGUCUUAAUAUUUUCAUAUUAGAUCUAUAUUAGAUCCAAUAGUUGCAUAGCAUUAUGUAUUAGUGUGUAUGAUUUUAGCUGUGACACAACUGUGUGACUGAGAAAAAAAGGUAUGCUUUAGUAGAUGUUUUUGUGACUCAAGGACAGCUUCAUAUUUAACCUUUUCUUAUUUUUAUAUUUUAUUACAUAUGCUUUUAUUAUGUACAUAGCAACUAUAAUACAGUUGUAACUGAAAUAGAUUUUGAGGACACGGAAUUAUUAUGUAGCUUUUUCUAUUUGAUAUACCACAUUAAAUAAAUUCUGUAUCUGCAUUUACCUAUAAUAAAACACUAUUACCCCCAAAAUAAAAAUCGCUUUCAUAUCUCGUUGUGAAGUUUGAGUUUGAGUUGUAGCAAAUAGAGUCUAAUGCAUGUAUUCAUUUCAGCUAAUGUUUAUAAGUGCUUGAGUGAAGCAUUUUAGGCUGCGUGCAUUUUUUCCUUCCUGAUAAGCUUUUCAUCAUACAGUUUCCUACUAUUUUCCUGAUCUCUAU